AGAGUCGCAGUCUACAGCAGCCGCGCAACCUUUGCCGCGCCCUGCACACCGGAGUCCAGGCGGCGCCCGGCCCAGCCCUCAUGAAUCUGGCCGCCUUUUCCUCCACCCUUGCCACGCUCCCCUGGUAUGAGAUGCCAUCAAUAAAUUCCUCCGCAACUUUCUCGUCCUCACUGCUCCGCCGCUCGCUCUGCGCGUCGCUCCGGACGAUCUCCCACAUGGCCUCCGCCGCCGCCCCCACCUCCGCGCCCGUCGCCACCACCGAGAACGGCGCCGCGAAGGCGAUAGAGCAGCGGCCCGUGCAGGUCGCAGAGCGGCUGGAAAAGUUCAAGACAACAAUUUUCACUCAGAUGAGCAUGCUUGCCAUCAAGCAUGGAGCAAUAAACCUUGGCCAGGGCUUUCCGAAUUUUGAUGGCCCAGACUUUGUGAAAGAGGCCGCAAUUCAAGCUAUCAAUGCUGGGAAGAAUCAGUACGCAAGAGGGUUUGGUGUGCCUGAACUGAACUCGGCUAUCGCUGAAAGGUUCCUGAAGGACAGUGGAUUGCAAGUUGACCCUGACAAGGAAGUCACUGUUACAUCUGGAUGCACUGAGGCAAUAGCUGCAACCAUACUAGGUCUGAUCAAUCCUGGCGACGAGGUGAUACUGUUCGCCCCAUUCUACGAUUCAUACGAGGCUACACUGUCGAUGGCCGGUGCCAACGUGAAGGCCAUUACCCUCCGCGCUCCAGAUUUCGCGGUCCCGCUUGAGGAGCUGGAGGCUGCAGUCUCCAAGGACACGAAAGCGAUAAUGAUAAACACGCCGCACAACCCAACCGGGAAAAUGUUCACCAGGGAGGAGCUCGAAUCCAUCGCCGCCCUCUGCAAGGAAAACGACGUUUUGCUGUUCUCAGAUGAGGUCUAUGACAAGCUGGUGUUUGAGGCUGACCACAUAUCCAUGGCUUCUAUCCCGGGCAUGUACGAGAGGACGGUGACCAUGAACUCUCUGGGGAAGACGUUCUCUCUUACAGGAUGGAAGAUCGGGUGGGCAAUCGCGCCGCCGCACCUGACAUGGGGCCUCAGGCAGGCGCACUCGUUCCUGACGUUCGCCACCUGCACACCGAUGCAGGCGGCGGCCGCGGCGGCUCUGAGGGCACCGGACAGCUACUACGACGAGCUGAAGAGGGACUACAGCGCGAAGAAGGCUAUCCUGCUGGAAGGACUCGAAGCCGCAGGGUUCAUCGUCUACCCAUCGAGUGGGACAUACUACAUCAUGGUCGACCACACCCCGUUCGGUUUCGACAGCGACGUAGAGUUCUGCGAGUACUUGAUCCGCGAAGUCGGCGUCUGCGCUAUACCGCCCAGCGUGUUCUACCUCGACCCCGAAGAGGGAAAGAAAUUGGUGAGGUUCACCUUCAGCAAGGACGAAGGCACGCUGCGGGCCGCGGUCGAGAGGUUGAAGGCGAAGCUCAGGAGGAAAUGAAUGAAGGGGGGAUUACAUGUUUGUGGCUGGUGAUUGUUGAAUAAUCUGUGCUGGGUUUCAACUGCGCCCGGAUGCCUGUACUGUCUCUUUUUUUUUUUGCUAGCAAUAGUUAUGCUGCCAGCGACUUCAUGCCUAGUGUCGUUACUAUUUGUUUUGUCUGUGUGUAAGCAGAUGGCGAUGGAUCAGGAUACCUGCCGGCUGCCGCUACACUUUUGUAACCUAUGGAGCAAUUUGUGUC